CCCUUUUGUGUCGGCGAGCGAGAGAGAGCUGAAACCUCAGCCGAGAAACAUCGACGCGAGCAGAGCAGGCGGCUGCUUGUGUUGGGUGGGUGGUGGUCUGGCGGAGCGAGGAGCAGCGAGAAGAGAAAACACAAAUACGGUCGUCUCGAGACAGGAAGUGGCAGGAGAUCGAGGAGGAGCAGGAGGAGAGCUCGGUGUGGCCGCGCUGCUGCUGCCGCGUUAUCUUUUGAACGGAAGCCAAGGAGGGUGAGGGAUGGGGAUCUUUUUGGAUGAGCCCAAAUUUCCUGUGAUCGAUCGCAGCCCGUCUGCUGGCACCACCGUCGGCAACUUCAACUUCUCCGACUAUCUCAAGAUCACUGCCAUCACUGCCGGGUCUCUUCCAGUCGGAUACCUUGCAGGUGGGAGCGUACAUAUCCGGGGACCCUCAAUGUACACAGCCGGACUGAUUGGACUUAUGGGAGGCUUCAUGUUUGCCUACCAAUGCUCAGCAGGAAGGUUAAUGGGCAUGUUUCCCAAUGACGGCGAAGUCGCAAGAUACAAACGAUGACUAUUAUAGAGAAAUGUAGCGAGGCUUGCGCAGCUAAUGGUUUCCAUGCACAUUUGCAAGGGAGGCGAGAGAUUUGAGCUAAUUCCGACUGGUCAGAGUUAAUUGGGAGAGGCAUCUUCAUGCCUAACAAUCCCCACGAAUUUCCUUUUGUGGAGAAAAUGGUUUUAACAGUACCUACGGUAGCCAGUACAAGUAACGGUACCUGUGGUAGCUACACGCAUCAUCCAGGAAAAGUUCUGCCAUUAUUUGAGGGGAAUUCCUUCUAGUUUUUCUCAAUUUCCCCGAUUGUUUAUACCAAUAACUUGACCUCGGGUUGGAAGAAAUCAAUUGAGGAGACAGUACUCUAUAUAACGCGACAUGGAGGAUGUUUUUUGGUAAUUACAAGUAUAGGCUUUUUUCAGUCUGAGCUUGAGAACUGACAACAAAGGUUUUGUUCAAUCGGAUUUCCUCUCUUGUCGUCCUCGUAAUAUCUUAUGGACCGUACUCGCCUUCUUCACCCAGUAUCCGUCUGUAACCUUGUUGUAGGGCAGGCUCUACUGGUGCCAGCCUCUUGAUGCAGUUAAAAUUAUUUUUAUGCCAGAUACCUAGUAGUCUUCAU